CAGACCUAACGUGCCGUAAGCUUGGAGUACUCCUAAAUAAGGCAAGAGUCAAACAUAUUGUUUGAAAAGAGACUCUUGUAUUCGUCUUGACAACGAGCUCGAACUCAGUGAAAUUCAACACCCAAAUCCUGUUUAAGUUUCACAGGAAGUUUUAACCAUUAGGGUAGAAAACACAAGGUCGAAUAUAUGAUUGUUAGUUGACCAAAAUAUAGAAAUAAUUUGCUCGAAUAAGGACAAUAUAAAUUGCCCAAUAUCUACUGAGUGUGGUAAAAUGGGGGUCGAGAUCAGGUAAGUUCUAGUUAGCAAUAUCUUUCUUUUUUUCAUGAUAUAUACAGCUGAAAAGAAUGAUAUUUUGAAACUUGAUGUCCAAAGCUUCUUUUCUGUGGCAAGCAGCAAAAAUAAAAUCGCGUUCCACUGAAAACUAAAUGCCAAAGGAUCGAAAGAAUUGGUUCUCGCGAUUAUGUAAUAACGGGCGCAGAAUAAUAUAUAAAGCAUAAUUCAUGAUGAAUUAAACUUUUAUUUCUCAUUUCACAACAAAAUCUUCAGUUUGAAAAAUCGUGUUCUCGGCUUCUAACGAAAUCACGAUUCAUGAGAAAACAAAUUAGCUGUUUCGCAUUUCACGGGUAAAAAAAUAAGCACGAGAUGAUUACGAACCUUCAUUCUUGAGCAAUGUUUAUUACCAUAGGAAUUCUUAAUCCACGGCCAACUCCAAUUCUUAGAUCUGGGAAACGACAGAGCCAUAGCUUCUAAAUACCCCACUGUGGUUCAAUUUAACUCUAACUGAAAGCAUGUACAAGGAUCUGCUUUCUGACAAGCGUUGACUUCGUUCCUUGUGCAGUGCAUUUUGUUGUUUCUAAACGUUAACGUUCGUUUCUUCACAGCAAGACACCUAGGAUCACGCCGCAGAACAUGAAUUCCUUUUCCCUCGGUAUUUUGAUCGGCCUUCUUUCCUGUUUGACCGGCAACGUUUCAAGCCAGCUUCGGAAAUGCUUGGGUAGCUCCAACUACUGUCCUGGGCAAUAUGGAGCCCUGAAGGCGGUCUGCAAAGCCGGAUACUGUUUCUGUACUGGACAGGACUACGACUAUAACACUUGCUUGCCUGAUGCGUUUGGAUGUCGAAUCAAGACUAAAUCUAAUACAGCCCUUGGCAAGCCACAGUAUAACAACCAGCAGCCCAGCGUUAUCUACAGCUGCACGCCUGGCAGCAGCUCCACACAGUACGAAGUCCACGUAAUGUCAGUGUACGAGGGGAAUAGACACACACGCCCUCCAUCCGCCGGUGAUACUAAUGUCAAUAUCGUAAGCGGCGGCCAGUCAGGCCGGCCUAUUAUACUCGUGUUUGCCAGUUACGAACCUGUUAACUGGAUUCUUAAUUUACCAGCUGGCAUUACCAUCAGUAAAGUCAUCUUGGUUGCUUAUUACAUAAGUGAAAGUUCUGUUAGUGGAGAUGUGAAUCAAGUGCAAGUGGUUGAAAAACAAGGCACCCGUAAUUCACAGUGGAGUAGGGGAUAUGGUACAGAUACAGGCGGGGGAGAUACAGUGGGACUCCUGAGACAAAUACACAACACUUAUGGUGUAGUGACGUCAUUUACUGGCACUUACAAAGCAGAUCAAUGGUCACUGACGUUAUCUUCUUCCCAAGGGCUUGGAUUCACAACCACCGUAGUCACUACCACAGCUACUACAACCCCACCUCCACCAAUACCUACAACCACACCCAAACCAAUUAUUUCCCAACAGAAAUGCAUUGGUAGCAUUAAUUAUUGUCCUGGGAAAUAUGGAGCCCUGAAGGCCGUCUGCAAAAGCGGAUACUGCUUUUGUACUGGACAGGACUACGACUAUACCACUUGCUUGCCUGACGCAUUUGGAUGUCGAAUCGAGGUUUCUUCUAAUACAGCUCUUGGCAAACCACAGUAUAACAAUCAACCGCCCCGGCAAAUCUACAGCUGUACGCCUGGCAGCAGCUCCACACAGUACGAUGUGCACGUACUGGCUGUGUACCAGGUUAUUAACACACGUCCCCCAUCAGCCGGUGAUGCUGCGGUCAACAUUGUCAGCGGCGGCCAGUCAGGCCGACCUAUUGUACUCGUGUUUGUCAGCUACGAACCUGUUAACUGGAUUCUCAGUAUUUCAGCUGGCAUUACCAUCAGUAGAGUCAUCUUGGUUGCUUAUUACAUAGAUGAAAGUUCUGUUAGCGGAGAUGUGAACCAAGUGCAAGUAAUUGAAAAACAAGGAACCCGUUCCUCGCAGUGGAGCAUGGGAUAUGGUUCAGAUACAGGCGGAGGUGAUACAGUAGGACUUCUGAGAGAAGUGCACAACAGGUUUGGUGUAGUGACAUCAUUCACCGGCACUUACAAAGCAGAUAAAUGGUCACUGACGUUAUCUUCACAAGGACUUGGAUUCACCACCACCGUAGUCACUACCCCAGCUACUACCACCCCACCUCCACCAAUACCCACCACCACACCCAAACCAACUUUUCAACGACAGAAAUGUUACUCCGGAUCCAACUCUUGUCCUGGAAGUUCUAAAAUGAAGUCUGUCUGUAAAGACGGAUACUGCGUGUGCACUGGACAAGAUUACGACUACCAUACUUGCUUACCUGAUGCAUAUGAAUGCAGAAUCGUUGCGAAUAAUGCUAAACCUCUCGCCAAAACACGGUACAACAAGCAGCCCCCCCAGACAACCUACAGCUGCAAGCCUAAGUUCUGCUCCCCAGAGUACGAAGUCCAUGUACUGUCUUUGUACGAAGUUAUAAACACAAGUCCUCCAUCCGCCGGUAACGCUACCGUCAAAAUUGUCAUCCGUGCAAGCCUAAACAGACCUAUUAUACUAGUGCUUGGAAGUUAUGAGCCUGUUAACUGGAUUCUUAAUUUACCACCUGGCAUCGUCAUCCGUAAAGUCAUAUUGGUUUCUUAUUACGUGGAUCAAAGUUCCGUGAGUGGAGAUCCGAUGAGGCAAGUAAAAUCAGUUGAAAGACACAGUUGGCAGUGGGGUAUGGGAUACGGCACUGAUUCUGGUGGAGGAGAUACAGUAGCACUUUUGAAGCAACUGCACAACAGUUAUGGUGUAGUGACGUCAUUUACAGGCACUUAUAAGGCAGACGAAUGGUGGCUGCCGUUGCAGGGAUAUGCAUCUCAUGCAGUUCCUUCUAAUGACUGACACGUCCCCAGUCGGCCUCCUUCCCGACAUCACGGCAGCCAUAUUUGUGUACCAAAACAAUGAAACGGCGGCCAUGUUAGUGUACCAAACCAAU